AUCUUAGUCUCCUGAUUAAGAAUUGACUCCACCUGCUCCAUAGAGUAAUAUGACUUUCUGGAAUGAGGAAAUCAAGGACCAUUGGAUGAAAAUCAACCAUUUAUUAAAUCUGGAGACAAAUAGUCAAAGGAAAUAUCUUGAUGAAGAAAUGGGUCAGGAAGCAGGCAAGCCAGCCUGGCCCAAACCAGCAGGAGGCUAUCAGACAAUCACAGGAAGGAGAUAUGGAAGAAGACACGCUUACAUCAGUUUUCGUCCAACCUUGGCCAAACAAGAAAAUUCAUCCAAAGAGAACAGCGGGGAGUGUGGAGGAAUGGAGAUGAACAGUGUGCACAAGGAGAAUGCUUUAUCAUCAACUGGGGCCAUCAGCUCAACAUUACACACUAUAUUCCCUGCAGCAAAUAAUUCAGUUCUGCCAGAAAUUAACGGAGCAACAAUAUUCAAGGAAGGUUCUGGCAGGAAAAAUGCAGCGUCAAAGAAAGGUAUUGACACUGCUGGUUGCUCAUUUAAAAUGUUGGAGGAUGAGCAAAUUUCGUCCAAUAAUUCUGAGAACGGUUCCGGACCAAAGAAAAGUUCAGAGGCCUGUGCUUGGCCAACCCUGGAAGAUAAUGAAACAUGUCCUAGAAGCCCAGCUGGACCGGGUUUUGUAAAUAUUGACUCUUAUGAGCCUGAGAGCAAUGGUGGGGAGGAAGAUGACCUAUCUGUGGACUCAUCAAUAGGAACGCGUCCUGGACUUCAGAAGCGAUUAGAUAAUAUGAUUUGUGAGUUGGAGAAGGAAUUUGACUAUCUCAGUGGUCUACACUCCUACUUGUACACAAAGUCAUGUGAGGAAGUUGAACCUGUGCCCAGAAAUGGGUGCUGUGGUACAGACCUUGAAGAAUCCAGUGAAAACAAUAGAAUGUUUCAGAGGAGAUUGUCUAGGCUAACUGAGGAAAGUUUAGAUAAAUCUAAAUGUGAUGAGAAGCUAAACGAGUUAGAUAUUGCUGAGGCAGCCAGCACCCCAGUGAGUGAUCGCAGCAUUCAAAUCUCUGAUGGUAACAAUGACCAGGGGUCAUCGUCUUCAGAGAUGGUGGUGAGACCAAAAGUAAGGAAGCAACAUGGUGAAGGCAACCUAGAGCGAAGGAAACGCUCCCAGUCAGAUGACUCAAAACAUGGGACCAGCAGACCAAAGAAACCUUUGGAUGGCCAAUGGAGUGCUAAUACCCCUUUCUUAAUGACUCACACAGAAAAAGUGAGCAAGGAAUCCCGAUGUGAGUCUGCACGUACUGAAUCUGCCAGUAAAGGAGCAAAGCAAGCUGAAGGAAAAAAGAAAGCAAUAGAGUUGCAAAGUUGUAAGCAUGACGAAGAGGAUGACCUCUGGGAAGAUUUUGAAGAACUCCAAAAAAGUUGUGCAUCCUUUGGCAAAGAUGAUGAUAGUUCUGAAUGCAGUGAAGGAGAAUGGUCUCCUACCUGGACCUCUGAUUCUGCUGUGGACAAGGAGCAGUCCUCCAGUGAUGAAAGCUGGGAGACACUCCCUGGAUUGGAUGAACCAGAACAUGAGAUUCAGAGCAGCAGCAGUAGCAGCUUGGAUGAUGUUCCAGAGCUCAACUUUCAUUCUGAAGAGCAAGCAUCCUUAGAAGAUGGAGAAAUCCCUUGGCUUCCCUACCAAGAGGAAACGGAUAGCAGCAGUGAUGACGAUACAGACGGAAUGAGCCAGUUUGUUCACCCAGGUCUUUUUAUGUUAGAUGGGAACAACAACUUUGAAGACGAUUCCAGUGUGAGUGAAGAUUUUGAUGCUGAGUGGAGAUUACUAGAUGAAUUUGGUGAAGGUUUUGGAGUGGCUCAAGCUUUUUCCUAUGUGGACCCACAGAUGCUUACUUACAUGGCUCUUGAAGAGCGGUUAGCUCAGGCUAUGGAGGCUGCCCUGGCUCAUCUUGAGUCUUUGGCUAUUGAUGUUGAACAAGCUCACCCCCCAGCCACUGAAGAAAUCAUUGAUUGUCUGCCACAGAUUACAGUGCUGGAAGAUCACCACGGCCAGGAACAGUGUUGUGCCAUCUGCUGCUGUGAAUAUAUGAAAGAUGAAAUAGCAACAGAACUUCCCUGUCGUCAUGUAUUUCAUAAAUCCUGUGUGACCCGAUGGUUACAAAAGUCGGCAACAUGUCCGGUGUGCCGCCAUGUCCUGUCCCCUGCGCUCCCUGACUCCACUGUGGCUACAACCUUUGUGUUGGAUCACGACACUCCUCCAUCCACCCACAGCGCGGCAGGAACACGGUGAAGAACAAAAAACAUUUGUUAGAUUAAAACAAAAAAAAGAAAAAAGAAAAGGAAACAUUUUUUUUAGUUAUUAUUAUUUCAAUGCUAUAAGAUACCGAAAACCUUAUAGAAAUAUACUACAGACUAAAACCUCUAAUAUGUGACAUGUUUAAUCACUGAUUUUAGUUUAACAAGUGUGAAAUAUUUAAAAUGGUGAAGUCUCAGUGACAGGCUGCACCUAUUUUCUGAGAAAAUAUUGUCAUGCUGUCUUAACAAGCAUUUGUUAUAUUUCUGUUUUUGUUUUAAAAGAAAAAAAAAUACAAAAAAAACUUGUAAAUGGUUAGAUGAAUGGGGCUUUUCUGAAGCAAUCUUGCAUUGAAAUGUCAAAAUAAGUUUAGUGCAAUAAAGAUAGUAUUACAUUUGCUUUUACUAAUAAAUAAAUUCACAGAGUAUGGUUUUAAGUUAUUCACAUACGAACCAGUGAACUUAGUCAUUUGGAAAAGAGGCUGACUCAAACCCAGUAGAGAUCCUUCAUUUUCAUGAUGUUUGUCCUCUAACUGGACAAUUCACCAUUGCUUUCUGCUUUUCAGCAGCUGAACUGUUCUAUUUAAAUAAGUGCAUUGCUUAUUAUGUACCUUACCAGUAUACUGGAUUGCUAAAUGCUGGCUAUUACGGUCCCAAUGUUCAAUAAAGGCUGUAACUUUG